CCAAACCCUCAACUUUUCAUCACCGCUUCCUCAUUCUCAAUUCAUAAACCCUAACAAUUCAUUACUUCUCACUUUCUCUCAAUCCACAAUGGCUUCCUCCACCGCUGUUUUCAUGCUAUUGGCCGCAUUGUUGGUCAGCUCCGCCGUUGCUCAAUCUCCGGCGUCUUCACCGGCUUUGUCUCCGACCAAGACACCUGUGGCUGCUUCCCCGAGGAAAUCUCUAUCUCCCUCGCCAGCGGUUUCUCCAUCUGCUCAGACACCGGCGGCAUCUCCUCCUACUCCGGUGGAGAGCGGUCCUUCUCCUUCUCCGGCCACCGUCAACUCUCCUCCGGCUUCCUCUGAUGCUCCUGCUGUUACUCCCUCAUCUAUCUCAUCUCCUCCAUCUGAAGCCCAAUCACCGUCUCAAAACGGCGCCGCUUUGAACAGAUUCUCUGUUGCUGGAUCUGCUGCCGUGGUUUUCGCUGCUGUUUUGUUGAUGUAGAGAGAGAGAGAGAAUUAUGCAGGGUUUUUUCUUCUUUAGUUGAUAGGGAUCCUUAACUUUUUGUUGCUACUUUCUGCGGUUUGAUAAUGAUUCAUUCAUUCUAUUAUUUUGUGUAUUCUGAUUAUUAUUAUCAUUUUUAUGAAUGAGAUACAUUUUGUUUCUUUUUAAA